UGAUAGUUUUAUAUUAUAUUGUUUUCAGAUUGUUCGAGUGUAACGUUAGUGAGCUCGAGCUUUCCAUGCUGUUUUGCCUGUAAUCAUUUUGCAUUAGUAACACUUCGAAUCGGUGUGAAUCAUGUUAGUUUGACAAGUGUUUGCAGAGUUAGUCAACCUUACGUUAUAUGUUUUGGGCUAAAAAGGGGGAAAGAGGGCUCCUCUGGUCUUGUAAUGGGUGGGUCAGGGUGGUGACGCUCUACACAGGAAGCGUCCAGUGAACCAUCGUGACAGCCUGUGUGUGACUGUAAACAUGGCGCCGUGCACGGUUACAGGGCUGUGCUGUUUUACACCCCGUUUCUAGCUAGCCUGAGACGCACACAACCUAACUAUGGAGACAGAAGAGGAGCAACACAUGACGACCCUCCUCUGCAUGGGUUUCCCAGAUCCUGUGGCCAUACGCAAGGCGCUACGCCUGGCGAAAAACGACAUCAACGAGGCUGUGGCGCUCCUGACCAACGAAAGCCCCGGGCUUGGGUAUGGAUAUGAGCCGAUGGAGAGUGGCCCUGCCCCGGGCCCAUGCGGAGACGGGGAGACCACCGGGCGGACUGGGACUGGAGGGUUCGACCCACCCCCCGCUUACCACGAUGUGGUGGAGAGCGAGAGGAAUAAUGAUGAGAAUGGGAACUGUUCUGGGGGCAGUAUGGAGUUCCCCACCACUAACCUGUAUGAACUGGAGAGCAGAGUGUUCACUGACCACUGGUCCAUCCCCUACAAGAGAGAGGAGUCACUGGGCAAAUGUCUGGUCGCAGCCACCUGCUUAGCCAAACACGGUCUGGCAGAUGCAGAUGAGAACUGUAAGCGGUUUAUGGACCGGUGUAUGCACGAGGCCUUUAAGAAGCUCCUGACCAGUAGUGCUGUCCAUAAGUGGGGGACAGAGAUCCAUGAGGGGAUCUAUAACAUGUUGAUGUUACUGGUGGAACUGGUGGCUGAGAGGGUCAAACAGGAACCCAUACCCGUUGGGCUAAUGGGAGUACUGGCUAUGGCCUUUAACCCAGACAAUGAGUACCACUUUAAGAACCGUAUGAAGGCGUGUCAGAGGAACUGGAGCGAGGUGUUUGGAGAGGAAGCCAUGUUCGCUGUUUCGCCUAGCAACAACUACCAGAAGGAGCCUCAUGGCUGGCUGGUAGACUUGGUCAAUCUGUUUGGAGAGAUGGGAGGGUUCACUGCUAUCCAGGCUAAACUCAAUACAGAGGAGAUAGAGAUUGGGUGUGUGUCUGCUCUGGUCCAGCCUCUAGCUGUGUGUGCAGAAUACCUCAACUCCAGCCUUGUGCAGCCCAUGUUGGAUCCUGUUAUCCAUAAGAUGAUCACCUACGUUCAGAACCUGGAGGAGAAAGAUCUCAAAGACAAGAGGCUGGUGAGCAUCCCAGAGCUGCUGUCGGCCAUCAAGCUGCUGUGUAUGAGGUUCCAGACUGCCCUGGUAACUGUUGUGGACGACCUACGCCUGGACACUCUGCUACGCAUGUUGAAGACUCCUCACUUUUCCACCAAAAUGAACUCCCUCAAAGAGGUAACUAAGCUGAUCGAGGAGAGUACUGUGUCUAAGACGGUGAAGAAUGCCAUUGACACAGACAGACUGCUGGACUGGCUGGUGGAAAACUCUGUCCUCUCAAUAGCACUGGAGGGUAACAUAGACCAGGCCCAGUAUUGUGAUCGAAUAAAAGGCAUCAUUGAGUUGCUGGGCAGUAAACUGUCUCUGGACGAGCUCUCCAAGAUCUGGAUGAUACAGGCAGGACAGUCGUCCACGGUGAUUGAGAACAUCCACACCAUCAUGGCUGCUGCUGCCGUCAAGUUUAACUUCGAGCAGCUCAGCCACCUGUUUGUCCUUAUACAGAAGAGCUGGGAGGUAGAGAGUGACCGUGUGAGGCAGAAGCUGCUCAGUCUGAUUGGGAGGAUCGGUAGAGAGGCCCGCUCUGAGGCCACCACAGGGAAGGUGCUGGAGGUGCUGUGGGAGUUAGCCCACCUGCCAACCCUGCCCACCUCCCUGGUACAGCAGGCAUCUGAGGAACACCUGGCCAUCCUCACUGACGCGUACGCUGUGAAGGAGACUGUCAAACGCUGCUACAUCAUCAAAUGUAUAGAGGACAUCAAGAAGACUCAGACUGAGGAGGAGGGUAAAACCAGCGACAUUCAGACCUCAUUUCUUACUGGCUCCUGGGGCAAGAAGAAAGCCAAAGAAAACUCAUUGGCCAAAUCUUCUCAACAGGGCAGUCCCCAGGCGGUCUGGGUGGUUCCAGCUCUGCGGCAGCUCCAUGAGAUCACACGCUCCUUCAUCAAACAGACUUACCAGAAACAGGACAAGCAGAGCAUCAUCCAGGACUUGAAGAAGAACUUUGAGAUCGUCAAGCUGAUUACAGGAUCUCUGGUGGUCUGCCAUCGACUAGCGGUGUCUGCAGCUGGGAACAACGGACUCACCGGACACACACUAGUGGACGGACGAUACACCUACCAGGAGUAUCUAGAUGGCCACCUGAGGUUCCUGGCCUUCUUCCUCCAGGAGGCCAGCCUCUACCUGGUCUGGAACAGAGCCAAAGAACUAUGGGACUGCCUGGUCUCUGGACCCGAAGUCUGCGAGCUGGACAGAGAGAUGUGUUUUGAGUGGUUCACUAAGGGCCAGCAUGAUCUGGAGAGUGAUGUUCAGCAGCAGCUCUUCAAAGAGAAGAUCCUCAAACUGGAGCCCUACGAGAUUACUAUGAAUGGCUUUAAUCUGUUUAAGACCUUCUUUGAGAAUGUCAACUUGUGUGACCAUCGCUUGAAACGCCAGGGGACUCAACUGUGUGUGGAGCGGCUAGACCUGGCUGGGAUGGACUUUAUCUGGCGUAUCGCCAUGGAAACGCCUGAUGAGGAGAUCGCUAACGAGGCCAUACAGCUAAUCAUCACAUACAGCUACACCAACCUCAACCCCAAAAUGAAGAAGGAUUCUGUGUCUUUACACAAGAAGUUCAUUGCUGAUUGUUACAAACGACUGGAGGCAGCCAGUUCAGCUCUAGGAGGGCCCACGUUGACACAUGCUGUUACCAGGGCAACCAAGAUGCUGACCGCCACCACCAUGCCGACUGUAGCCACGUCUGUCCAAUCACCUUCCAGGUCCACCAAGCUGGUGAUCAUUGAGAGGCUGCUGCUAUUGGCUGAGCGUUAUGUCAUCACUAUUGAGGACCUGUACUCUGUGCCUCGUACCAUUCUACCUCACGGAGCGUCGUUCAACGGCCACCCUGUCUCUCUACAUGUCACCUAUGAGUCCACCAAAGACACCUUCACCCUGGAGGCCCACAGUAACGAGACUAUAGGCAGCAUCCGCUGGAAGAUUGCUGAGCAUCUCAACUGUCCAGUCGACAACGUUCAGAUCUUUGCCAACGACAGCGUGUUGACUAUGAACCGGGACCAGAAGCUGCUGUCCCAGCUGGGUUUCAGUGAUGAGCAGUCUCUGACAGUGAAGAGCUCUGGCACAGGGACGCCCUCUGGUGGCAGCUCAGAGUCCUCUGUCUCCGCUUCCUCCUCCAGCUCCGCUGUCUUCAACUCAGCUUAUGCUAUGGAACAGGAGAAGUCCCUUCCAGGUGUUGUCAUGGCAUUGGUGUGUAAUGUGUUUGAGAUGCUCUACCAGCUGGCUAACCUGGACGAACCACGGAUAACUCUGCGUGUACGUAAGCUGCUGCUGCUGAUCCCAACAGACCCAGAGGUUCAAGACGCUCUAGAUAACUUUGUUCCCAAAGAGUCCAGUGUCUGGAGUCACCAGAAGACAUUGUUCACCUUGGGUCAGGGGUCAGGCUCUCGGUCUCCGUCUCUGGGUUCGAAGCAACAGCACCAGCCCAGUGCUGCCUCCAUCUUGGAAUCACUCUUCAGAUCCUCUGCUCCUGGGAUGUCCACCUUCAGAGUCCUCUACAACCUGGAGGUGUUGAGUUCUAAGUUGAUGCCGACCUCAGAUGAUGAGAUGGCUAAGACCAGUGUCAAGUCUUUCUGUGAGAACUUCCUGAAAGCUGGAGGUCUCAGUUUGGUGGUGAACGUGAUGCAGCGGGACUCUAUUCCCUCCGAGGUGGACUAUGAGACCAGACAGGGAGUCUACUCCAUCUGUCUACAACUGGCCAGGUUCUUAUUGGUUGGCCAAAGUAUGCCGUCGUUGCUGGAUGAUGAUGUCAUCCGAGAGGGUGACACUCUAUCUAGUCGGCCAUUCCGUAACGCAGGGCGACCAGGGAGACAGCUAUCGCUGUGUGGAACGCCUGAGAAGAGCUCCUAUAGACAGAUGUCUCUGUCUGAACGCUCCUCCAUCAGAGUAGAGGAGAUCAUCCCUGCUGCACGCGUAGCUAUACAGACGAUGGAGGUGGGGGACUUCACCUCAACGGUGGCGUGUUUCAUGCGUCUAACCUGGGCGGCAGCCGCCGGCCGAUUGGAUCUCGUCGGCAGUCCUCAGCCAAUCAGACCUGAACACAGCUCACUCCUCCCCCUCGUGGUCCGCAGCCGUGUCAGCAGCACUGGAAGUAACUGCAGCUCCAGCAGUGAGGGCGAGGCGCCGCCCACAGCGUUGCAUGCUGGGAUAUGUGUGAAGCAGCAGAGUGUUUCUAUUAAAGACUGCAUCAUUGCUAGAGAGGCCCUGUCUCUACUGGUCACCUGCCUACAGCUACGGACACAGCAGCUAGGGUCAUUCUACAACCUCCCCUGUGUCAGCGACUUCAUCAUCGACAUCCUGCUGGGAUCAGCCAGUGGAGAGAUCCGGCACGUGGCGUGUGACCAGCUGUACACUCUGAGCCAAUCAGACACGUCUGCGUUCCCUGAGAUCAUCAAGCCCAACGUGUUCCUGCUGCGAGUCGUCCUCACCUCUCAGCUGCCCCUCUGGAGCCCCACGUCUGUCAUGAGGGGAGUCAACCAGAGGUUGCUGUCUCAGUGUACUGAAUACUUUGAACUGCGAUGUCAACUACUGGAUGACCUGACCAGUUCAGAGAUGGAGGUGUUGUCAGUGAGUGCGGCAGCCAUGUUGGAAGAUGAGAUCAGCUGGUUGGAUAACUUUGAGCCCAGCUGGAGCUCUGAGAUGGAGACUAGCGAGGCUGACAACAUCCUGCAGGCUGGACACCUCCGCCUCAUCAAAACACUACUGUCACUCUGUGGCACCGAUAAGGAACACCUGGGUCCUUCUCUGAUCCAGCAGCUGUUGGAUGACUUCCUGUUCCGAGCGUCCCGCAUCAUCCUGAACACAUCUGACCCCGCCUCUAGCUCCCCCCCCAGCCACGACUUCCACCCUAAGUGCAGCACGGCCAGCAGCAGAUUGGCAGCCUACGAGGUGCUGGUGAUGCUAGCAGACAGCUCUGUGGCCAACCUACAGCUCAUCACCAGAGAACUGCUGUCCAUGCACCACCAGUCAGACUCCUCGCUCAGUAAGGAGUUUGACUUCCUCCCGCCGGUGGACAGUCGCUCUGUGUCGGGGUUCGUAGGGUUAAAGAACGGUGGAGCCACCUGCUAUAUGAAUGCUGUGUUCCAGCAGCUGUACAUGCAGCCUGGCCUGGCUGAGGCCUUUCUGUCUAUAGAGGACGACACGGAGCAGCCAGACGAGAGUGUUUUCUGUCAGGUCCAGUCUCUGUUCGGACACCUGAUGGAGAGCAAGCUGCAGUACUACGUCCCUGAGAACUUCUGGAAGAUCUUUAAGAUGUGGAAUAAGGAGCUGUAUGUACGAGAGCAGCAGGAUGCCUAUGAGUUCUUCACUUCACUGGUGGACCAGUUGGACGAGCACCUCAAGAAAAUCGGCCGUGAGCAGAUCUUCAAGAAUACUUUCCAGGGAAUCUUCUCUGAUCAGAAGAUCUGCAAAGACUGCCCUCACCGGUAUGAGCGAGAGGAGACGUUUAUGGCGCUGAACCUGGGUGUGACCUCCUGUCAGAGUCUGGAGAUCUCAUUGGACCAGUUUGUCAGGGGGGAGGUGCUAGAAGGAACCAACGCCUACUACUGCGAAAAGUGCAAGGAGAAGCGUACCACAGUGAAGCGGACCUGCAUAAAGUCCCUGCCCAGUGUUCUCUGUAUCCAUCUGAUGCGCUUCGGCUUCGACUGGGAGAGCGGACGCUCCAUCAAAUACGACGAGCAGAUCAGGUUUCCCUGGGUGCUGAACAUGGAGCCCUACACAGUGUCUGGCAUGGCUCGUCAGGAUGGGGGAGCGGAGGGGGGAGAUUGCCGGGGCGAGGCAGGGGGCUCACCCAGGAAGAAGGUGACCAUCUCAGAGAACUACGAACUGGUGGGAGUUGUAGUCCACAGUGGACAGGCACAUGCUGGACACUACUACUCCUUCAUCAAGGACAGACGCAGUGCUAGGGGAAGGUGGUAUAAGUUUAAUGACAACGUGGUCGAGGAGUUUGAUAUGAAUGACGAGACUCUGGAGUACGAGUGCUUUGGAGGAGAGUACCGGCCUAAAGUCUACGACCAGUCUAACCCCUACCCUGACGUGCGGCGGCGGUAUUGGAACGCCUACAUGUUGUUCUACCAGAGGAUCAGUGACCAGAACUCUCCUGUUCUCCCUAAGAAGAGCAGAGUCAGUGCCAUGAGGCAAGAGGCAGAAGACCUCACACUUUCGGCACCCUCUAGCCCAGAUGUCAGUCCCCAGUCGUCCCCUCGGCCCCCCAGGGCCAACAAUGACCGUCUCUCUGUCCUGACCCGCCUCGUACGGAAGGGAGAGAAGAAAGGACUGUUUGUGGAGAAGAUGCCUGCUAGGAUCUACCAGAUGGUGAGAGAUGAGAACCUGAAGUUUAUGAAGAACAGAGAUGUGUACAACAGCGACUACUUCAACUUCACUCUGUCACUGGCCUCCGUCAACGCGACAAAGCUGAAGCACCCAGCCUACCAGGCCAUGGCCAGGGAGAGUCUCCAGUUGGCGGUCCACUUCCUGUUCCACACCUACCUCCACACCAAGAAGAAGCUGCGGGUGGACACAGAGGAAUGGAUGGCUACGGUGGAGGUGCUGCUGUCUAAAAGCAGUGAAGCCUGUCACUGGAUGGCUCAGUACCUGGUGGGACCUGAGGGACGAGAGAUCACCAAGGUGUGUCUGUUGGAGUGUGGGGUGAGGGAGGUGAGGGUCGUAGUGGCAGCCAUCUUAGAGAAAACCUUAGAGAGUGCUCUCCACUUCGCUGACUCUGGAUUGGACAGCCUGACCGAUGCGCUCCUCUCCCUAUUGGACAAAGACGUUCCUGAGAACGUCAAACACUGCAACCAAUACUUCAGCCUCUUCAGCAACUUUGCUCAGAGGGGCUCUGGUCCGUGCCAGUUGUUGUUGAAACACUCAGCGUAUCGCAGGAUGCUCAUCUUCCUCCUCGGACCCAACAGACAGAACAACCAGAAUCGGAGGUGGAGUCCAGCCCAGGCCAGAGAGUUCCUGCACCUGCACUCCACUCUGGCCCUGAUGACUCUCCACUCAGACCUCAACACACAGCACACACAUGAUCAAGGUGUCUGUAAGCUGAAUGUGAGCAGUGUCCCUGCCUCCUCCACCCUCCUCCAGCUCGACGCUGACAUCAUGGCCUCGCUCUUCACCCACGAGGGACAGCCUUACCUGCUGGAGGUGAUGUUUGCGGUGCGGGAGUUGUCCGGCCCUCUGACUGUGCUGAUAGAGAUGGUGACAUACUGCUCCUUCUGUAAUGAACCCUUCUCCCUGGGAGUACUACAGCUGCUCAAGACUCAGUUGGAGACCGCUCCGCCCCAUGAGCUGAAGAACGUGUUCCAGCUACUGCAGGAGCUGCUGGUGGUGGAGGAUCCUCUUCAGACUCAGAGACUGAAGUACGCCUUCGAGUCAGAGAAAGGUCUGCUAGCAUUGAUGCACCAGAGUAACAAUGUGGACAGCAGCCGCUGCUAUCAGUGUGUCAAGUUCCUGGUUACCCUGGCACAGAAGUGUGUUCCUGCUAAGGACUAUUUUAAAGAUCUGUCUGGUCACUGGAGCUGGGCAGUGCAAUGGCUGCAGAAAAAGAUGUCGGAACACUACUGGACUCCUCAGAGCAACGUGUCCAAUGAGACGUCAACAGCCAAAACAUUCCAGCGCACCAUCUCAGCCCAGGACACGCUGGCCUACGCCACAGCACUGCUCAACGAGAAGGAGCCAUCUGGCAGCAGCAACGGCUCUGACGGUAGUCCAGCCAACGAGAACGCCGACCGCAGCCUCCGACAGGGUUCUGAGUCUCCCAUGAUGCUUGGUGAUUCAAAGAGUGAUCUGGAGGAUGUUGACCCUUAGAUCCUCCUAUAAGACACAAUUCCUAUAAUGGCAAGACCGCACGGCUCCAUACAGCCAAUCAAAGACUGCUUUUCACCUCUGAUUGGUCAGAAUAUGGAGGGAGGGGCCCGCUACAGCCAAUCAGAACACUUAUUCUCCUGGUUGCUGGGGCAACAAAGGAUGCGUGAAUAAUCAUGUGUCUUUCUGCCACACCAGACUAAUGGAAUCAGAGCUGGAGGAGAGUUUAGAGACCUGACUAAUGGAUUACAAAGCAGUUUGUUCUCUUACUGGGAGUCUGAAAUAUCACCUAGUGGAGACUGGUGGGAGGAGCUAUAGGAGGACAGGCUUAUUGUAAUUGCUGGAAUGGAACGGAGUCAAACGUGAUUUCCAUAUGUUUGAUACCGUUCUAUAGAUUCCUUUCCAGCCAUUACAAUGAGCCGGUCCUCCUAUAGCUCCUCCCACCAGCCUCCACUGACGUCACCCUGUUGCUUAUAGUCCACUACUUUUGACCAAAGGUUCAGUGACAUAUAUAGUGCACUAUAUAUAGGCAGUAGGGUGUCUUCAGAUGCAGCCAUUAUUGUCUCACAAGGAAGGGAUGAGGUUGUUGUUUUUUUUAAGUUGUUGCUCAUAUUUGCCUACGUAACUAAAUAGACAUUGAUUAUUGUAAAGAGCUGUUCCAUAGCUGUAAUUUCAAAUGUAAGAUAUUUUAAAGUGUCCUGUGCUCCACUCUGUAGAGGUGUGUAUGUGUGAGGCUGUGGUAUAAGGUAUAACCUGCUCUGGAGGAACUCAGACACACACGUCUAACCGGGGUUUUUAAGUAUGCACUUUAUAGUCCACCCCAGUCUUUAGUGAAGUAGAGAAGCAGUGAUUAGGUCUGCUAGACCAGCUUAACCACCCUCCUCACACCUCUUCUUAUCACAUUAAACUGAGUUGUCAGUGUUUUACACACACAGACACAGCUGAUACCUCCUCCAUAGAGAACACGUGCUCCUAUGGCUGUGUCUGUUACUCCACUAACCACAGUGAUAUUUAUGGUAAUGCAGUCUAUGGAGGGUUCUAGAACACAAACGGAACCAAGCCAAGGAACCAAUCUGCGAUCUCCUCCCCGUACAGCUGAUGAACAGUGACUCACAGUGCUGGAUUAUUUUUAUUUUUUUCCCCAUUUGUUUAUCAGUUGACAUCACUGUCCUCAUGCCUUUUGCCACCACAGCUGUCCUUUGACACGGACACACACAAGACAACAGAGGGUCAACGUGCCAACCAGAGGAGAGAUCAGAAGCAAGUUUAAUUUUGGGUGCCAAUGAAAUACACUCUCCCUCUUAUAUACACAUACACAGUGUACCCUCUGUGCUUGAUCAUUACAUUAUCAUUAUUCAGGAGCUUAUUUGCAAACUGGGUUUCUCUUUGCCUUUGUUUAUCUUUGCCAUUGGGUUGCAUGACCUCUGACACCUAAAUCCCUCUUAUUGACACCAAAGUUCAAGGCUGACCACGGUACUGCAGGCAUUGUUUGCAGAAAACAGGAUCCCCAUUACAGUGAAUGGGAAUAUGGCAAUCUUCAUGUAAUAAAAAAUGGAAGACAAUCAUGGUACCAAUAAUUGCUUCUAUUACACUAGAUGUAUGUCCCUGAACCGAUUAUUUUAAAAUUGGAAAGUAGCCUGCAAUACCCUGUUCUGCCUUCAACUUGAGUCAAUGAGAGGGGGCAGCACUGAGACACCAUCUUAACGACUUCCUUGGCUUCAAAUGCACUAUUGAAUCUUCACAUAGGAAUGAAUAGUGUCAUGUGAUCGAUUGCUUUGUCCAUUCAUAUACAUAUAUAGUCAUUGCUCUGACAUCAAACAACCCCACUCUGACCACUAACCUCUUGACCUAACCCAACCCCUGGGAGAAUUCAAGUGCCUUCAUCUCCCAACUCCCCUCACCUCUCUCAUCCCUCCUCACACCUCGGGCCCUUGUCCCUCCUCUCACCCCAAUCCCAUACCUGUCCACGGAUGACUUGCUAUAAUGAACUGUGUGUGAAUGUGUGACCAUGCUGCGUAUUGUCCUGGUCUCAGAAGACUGUGUCAGAUGUCAGAGUGGUCAGGUGUGCCAGUGACACAGCACUCCUCACUCACAGUGCAGAAUGUUGUUUGACCCUCAGCAGCGCCUGUAGUCCUUCUCAACAGUACCAACUAAUCAAUAAUGUAUUUUUAUCUGCGUGAUAAGGGAGGGGUGAGGAAGGAGGGAAGGAAUGACAUGGAUCCAGGAUUUGAUUCUGUCAGUUGGUCUGCUUUGAGCAUUACUCCUGCUGAAGGCCAGUCUGCUGAGGCAGAACCCUGCAUGUUGAAUCCCAGUUUUCAUUUGUACAUCAGUUUGAUUAUGGGGAAAUUUGAUAUAAAAUAAACUGGAAUGCACAGCC